AUACAUUCCAAACGGAAAAAAGAAAAGGAAAAGGAAUAAUAAAAAAGUAGGGUAAAAAAGCAUCCAUGGCUUAGUUGCCACUACCUCACGCUCUUCUCACUCAGGUGAUGAGAUGGGUUCAGUCGUCUAUCAACACGUACUCUUCUAUUAAAUUCUUCUCAACAAAAGUUUGAAAAAAACUCACUGAGUUUGCAUUGUUAACUAUUUAAUUUGGCGGGUUGAUCUGGUCUUGGCAGAAUCCGAGAUGGCUCCAAGUUUGAGUUUUUGAAGACCGUCCUUGAAUUACGCUAGAGGUCAAUAACUUCACUUAUAAGGUGCAUUCUGGUUAGUUUUUUUCAUAGGGUUAAGAACCAAGAUAAACUGAGAAUACAUGGAUAAUGCACAAGGUUUACCUGACAAGGAAGGAUCUGAAAGUGCUUGAAGAACCUGGUGAAGUGCCUCAGAAAGAGAUGCAUGAGACAUCAUAAGUAGCUGUCGUGGCCUGCGUCUGAAAUGAUUUUGUUGUUGAAGAACUCGUGGUACAAGGACAAUCUUAAAAUGGUCUAAAGAGGAUCUUUCAUAGAUGGACCAAGUAAUGAUAAGUACAGCUGUAAGCUAAAAAUAAUCCCGGUACAUGGAUAUCUGAUUCCAGAUUUCCUUCCAUACUCUUCCAGUUACUAUUGACAUCUGCUUUGUGGCCAUGCAACGACAAAAUUUUCUUCAUCAUAGAGUUCAUUUCAAUGUUAAGAAAAUUCCAGCUGUGUUUCCCUACUCUGGACUCUUCUAUGGAUUUCCUAUUUUUUUACACAUGGGUUUCAAUCAUGUUAAAUUUCUUCUAGCAAGUCAAAAUGUUCCUCCUGUCAUUGAGGCUAAGAAGCUGGAUACUUUGAAAGUCUGUCAUGCUUUUCAAGCUGCUGACAGCCAAAAAAAAUUAGAUGAAAACAAAAAAGGGCACUGUGCAGAGGAUGAAGAUGAUGAGCUUUGUCCAGUUGAAUGCGUACGAGAAUUUAUGACUGAUAUGGAAUUCUCCAAAAUCUUGGAGAAGGCCAAGGAUUCUUUAGUUGUGGUGGACUUUUACCGGACUUCUUGUGGAAGCUGCAAGUAUAUAGAGCAGGGUUUUUCAAAAUUGUGCAAGGGAUCUGGCAAUAAGGAAACACCUGUUAUCUUCCUGAAGCAUAAUGUUAUUGAUGAGUAUGACGAGCAGACAGAGGUGGCUGAACGACUGAAAAUUAGAGCAGUACCCCUCUUCCACUUCUACAAGAAUGGAAAGCUCUUAGAAGCAUUUCCAACACGGGAUAAGGAGCGGAUUGUUGCUGCCAUCCUGAAAUAUACAUCCCUAACUCCUCAAAACUUGUAGAGCCAUUUCUCAACAUGGCCUCAUGCAUCUCUCUCGUAAGGUUUCAUAUAAGCUUAAGUUAUGAUGAAAGCAUCAAGGCUGUCAGAUUGUUGAAGCUGGAGCUGCUAAUGCUUUGAUAUGAGAGGCAUGAAUUGUAUACGUGAUUAUUGGAGUUCUGACGUAAUUACUCCAUACACUAAUAACUACAUUCAGUUGAAGAAAGAGGAAAAAGGCAAGCUUUCUAUGCUUCCCCUACAACAUGAAACUUA